AUGAAGGAAUCUUGUGCUGGAACACUGAACAAGAAAAAUGCUAGUAAUGGUACUGUUGAUGGGAUCGAUGGUAAAGGCAAUUUUGAUCCAAGUGCACCUCCUCCAUUCAAUAUUGCUGAGAUCCGAGCUGCCAUUCCUAAGCAUUGCUGGGUCAAGAAUCCAGGGAGGUCACUGAGCUAUGUUUUAAAAGAUGUCCUCGUCAUCUUUGCCUUGGCAGCAGCUGCUGCUUACUUAAAUAGUUGGAUUUUUUGGCCCUUUUACUGGGCUGUCCAGGGGACAAUGUUCUGGGCUAUCUUUGUUCUUGGACAUGACUGUGGCCAUGGAAGCUUUUCCAACAAUCACUUGCUAAACAAUGUGGUGGGGCAUAUCUUGCAUUCUUCAAUUCUCGUACCUUACCACGGAUGGAGAAUUAGCCACAGGAAACACCAUCAGAAUCAUGGCAAUGUUGAAAACGAUGAAUCAUGGGUCCCGCUGCCUGAGAAGAUUUACAAGAAUUUAGACUUGAGUACUCGGGUUAUGAGAUACACUGUGCCUCUCGUCAUGUUAGUUUACCCCAUAUAUUUGUGGAGCAGAAGUCCAGGAAAAGAAGGUUCUCAUUUCAAUCCCUACAGUAAAUUGUUCGGCCCCAAUGAAAGGAAAGCUGUGUUAACUUCAACUGUGUGUUGGACUCUAAUGGUUUUUCUGCUCAUCUAUUUAUCAUUUGUUUUUGGUCCGGUCCAAGUGCUCAAGCUCUACGGUGUUCCAUACUUGAUAUUUAUUAUGUGGCUAGACUUCGUUACAUACUUGCACCACCAUGGGCAUGAGCAGAAACUUCCUUGGUACCGCGGCAAGGAAUGGAGUUAUCUGCGUGGAGGGCUUACAACAGUGGAUCGUGACUAUGGAUGGAUCAAUGGCAUCCACCAUGAUAUCGGCACACACGUUAUACAUCAUCUGUUUCCUCAAAUUCCACACUACCACUUGCUAGAAGCGACAAAGGCGGCUAAGCCAGUGCUUGGAAAGUACUAUCGCGAACCUAAGAAAUCUGGGCCAUUUCCAUCUCACUUAUUCAGCAAUCUACUAAGAAGCAUGGGAGAAGAUCAUUUUGUGAGCGACACAGGAGAUAUUGUCUACUAUCAGACCGACCCUCAACUGGACAAAAGCAAGUCCAACUGA